AUGAAUAAAAUUCUGCCUUGGGAACAUUUCGAAAGUUUGUACAAAGAAUUGAUCGGCCAGAAUAGCAACGAUAGUUCUAGUGGCGGCGGGCACAGCGGCAUGGGUUCGGGGCCACCGGGCACACCCAAUUCACAGCAGGUAAUGCGUCCCACACCUUCACCAACAGGCUCUUCAGGUUCGCGUUCAAUGUCACCAGCAGUGGCACAAAAUCAUCCAAUUUCACGACCUUCUAGUAAUCAAUCAAGUAGUGGUCCUAUGCAACAGCCUGGCGCUUCUGGACCUCCACCACCCCCGCCCCAUAUGCAAGCGGCGCAAGGUGGCGGUGGUCCACAGCAACAACAACAGCAGCAGCAAAUGUCUGCACAAUCGCAAUCUCAGCAACAGCCUAUCGGGGGACCUGGUGGUGUGCACAGCUCACCAUCUGGUGUUGGUGGCUCGCAACAACAAGUUGGUGGUCUACCGCCAGGUGGUCCUGGAGCUCCUACAGGUCCACAACAACAACAACUUCCGCCAAAUCAAAGCUUGAACAGUAUGUCAACACCACCUCCACAAGGGGCMAGUGGUGGUGCGGGMGGUUAUCCACCACCACCACAUAUGCAUGGUGUCUAUAAAAUGGGUGGUCCAGGACAGAGUCCGGGACCAGGACCGCAAGGUUUACCGACUGGCUACCCGCCUCCACAACAGUCCCAACAAUAUUCUCAAGGAUCUUACCCGCCUCGUCCGCAAUACACACCCAGCGGUUACGCGCCCUCUCAACCGCCUUCAAAUCAACCAACCUCCGCCAAUAGUAUGCCUCCCGGUGGCGGUCCUCAAUAUCCAGGUCGGCCAAUGCCAAAUCAUACUGGUUCCGGUGGUCCACAUGCGCAGUAUCCACCCUAUCAGAAUUGGGUKCCACCAUCACCACAAGGUGGUCCCGGAGGAGGCGGCUCACCAGGCGGUGCCGGUGCUGCCGGUAUGGGCAAUCAUAUACAAGGCAAAGGAACACCUCCACCCGGCGGUCCCCCACAGCCACCCGGAGGCGGCUCACCGCGCCCACUUAACUAUUUGAAACAGCAUUUACAACAUAAGGGCGGCUAUGGCAGCGGUCCAGCGCCGCAGCAGGGCUAUGGUAAUGGGCCGGGCAUGCAUCCGGGUAUGCCAAUGGGACCACCUCACCACAUGGGACCGCCACACGGACCUACAAAUAUGGGCCCACCAACAAGUACGCCGCCACAAUCGAUGGGUGGAGUUGGUCCUAUUGGUAGUAUGGUGGGUGUGAGCGGUAAUAUUGGUAGCGGAGUAGUGUUGUCCGGUGACGGCGAACACAUUUCACAGGAUAACGGCAUUAGUUCGUCGGGUUCAUCUACAGCAUCGGGACCCCAUCCGGUCACAUCAGUGGUGACAACUGGGCCAGAUGGCACUCCCAUAGACGAAGUUAGCCAACAAAGUACGCUAUCAAAUGCUUCAGCAGCUUCUGGUGAAGAUCCACAAUGCACAACACCAAAAUCUCGUAAAAACGAUCCAUAUAGCCAAAGCCAUUUAGCGCCACCAAGCACAUCGCCGGUUGGCCAUCCCGGACAUCCAGUUGGGCCCAGUGAAGAAUAUGAAAUGAAUUCACCCCCGAAUUGGACGCGACCACCAGUAAGUCCUCAAGUUUUCAAUAGCCAUGGACCGCCACAAGAGACUUUUCGUACAUCGUCUACGAAAAAAUCCGAUAGCCUAUGCAAACUAUACGAAAUGGAUGAUAAUCCGGAGAGACGAAGUUGGCUUGAUAAGCUGCGUGCGUUCAUGGAAGAGCGACGCACACCCAUCACCGCCUGUCCAACAAUAUCGAAACAACCGCUCGAUUUAUAUAGGUUAUAUAUUUAUGUAAAAGAACGUGGAGGAUUCGUCGAGGUUACGAAAAGUAAAACAUGGAAAGAUAUUGCCGGUUUAUUGGGCAUAGGUGCCAGCAGUAGUGCUGCUUACACCCUCCGCAAACACUACACAAARAAUUUGUUGACCUUCGAGUGUCACUUCGAUCGAGGCGACAUAGACCCGUUACCCAUUAUUCAGCAAGUGGAAGCCGGUACAAAAAAGAAAUCGACCAAAGCCGCUUCUGUACCAUCGCCAGGUUCCUCAAAUUCCCAAGAUUCAUUCCCUGCACCGGGCGCUGCCGCCAAUGCAACGAUUGAUGGUUAUCCAGGUUAUCCGAGUGGUUAUCCCGUCACAGCAGGGCCACAGCCAGACUAUGGUGCGGGUGGUGGUCAAAUGCAACGACCACCCUCACAAAGCAACGCACAAACCCCACAUGCAGGUAAUACUCAAACAGCAGCAGUUGGUGAUAAUAUUAGUGUGAGCAAUCCUUUUGACGAUCCGGUUGUGGGUGGCGGUGGUAGUGGCAAUAGUAGCGUCAGCAAUGCGCCACCGCCGCCCCGUGCCUCCCCUUAUCAACAGGGCGUUGGCAAUGCUUACACGCCGGUGUCUAGAACGCCAGGUUCCCCAUAUCCGGGUCAACCGGGUGCUUACGGUCAAUAUGGUUCAAGUGAUCAAUACAAUGCCACUGGUCCACCGGGCCAGUUUGGUCAGAGCCAAGGACCACAAUUUCCACCACAAAAUCGGAACAUGUACCCUCCUUAUGGACCAGAGGGGGAAGCUCCUCCACCUGGUGCAAAUCAAUAUGGCCCUUAUGGUAAUCGUUCGUAUAGCCAACCGCCACCGGGUAGCUCUCAAACACCUACACCACCUGGUUCGGCGGUAGGUGGAACUGCUGGUCCACCGACUAGUGGUCCGCAAGCGCCAGGCGGCGGUUAUCCACCAGUUGCUCCAACUCAACAGGAUUAUUAUAGGCCGCCCGAUCAGACGCCGCAACCACGACGACAUCCGGAUUUUGUGAAAGAUUCACAACCCUAUCCAGGUUAUAACACCAGACCUCAAUUAUACGGGGGUUGGAGCGGUUCAACUCAAUACCGUGGGCAAUAUCCUUCUGCACCCUCGCCACAAGGUUGGGGUAGUGCACCACCACGCACAGCCGCACCGCCGGGUGGCGGUCCACUAGGGCCUCCAAAUCAACAGUCAUCGGCCGCCGUGCAAUGGGAGCAGCAUCGUUAUGUCCCCCAACAGCCUCCACCUCCCCCACAACAGCAGCCCCCAUACCAACAACAAGGUCAGCAGCAACAGCCGCCGCCACCACAGUGGGCACAAAUGGCAGGCACUGCACAGCCACCACCCCAAGCGAGCGCACCUGGCACAGUUUUGCGGCCAUCUAGCGGAGGUCCACAGCAGCCACCUCAACAACGGCCCGGUAUGCCACCACCACCCGCCCAGCAACUGCCUGUUGGCCCGACGUCCAGUCAAAACAUGACAAAGCCACCUUUUGUGAUGCCAGCGCCACCUCAAGUUGGAGGCACAGGCUCUCCUACUUGCGGUCCACCACCAUCCAUAGCACCACCCAGCACAGUUAAUGCGAUGCCAUCAGUUAUGGGUGCGCCUGUUGCUAGUGUAUCCAAGCCACAGGUGUCCGCCGUAAACGCGGUAUCACAAGUCGGCUCUCCCGGCCUACCACAAUUACCAGCACAACAGCAGCCCCUACAAGUUCAGCCACAGCAACAGUUUCCAACUCCUGCCGGCACCCAAAUCAUUAAAAAGGAGAUAAUUUUUCCGACGGAUAGCGUUGAAGCCACCACACCCGUGUUGUAUAGACGCAAACGUUUGACUAAAACCGAUGUUUGUCCGGUGGAUCCAUGGCGAAUAUUUAUGGCAAUGCGCUCCGGUCUAUUAACUGAGUGCACCUGGGCGUUGGAUGUAUUAAAUGUGUUGCUCUUCGAUGACACAACGGUACAGUACUUUGGGCUGGCGCACUUGCCUGGCCUGUUAACUCUCCUKUUGGAGCACUUCCAAAAGAAUCUCGCAGAGAUGUUCAACGAUAGCGACACGGACGUUGAUCAUCAUAGGGGCGGAAGUCGAAAUGCACGUGUAGUACAAAUCUACAACCGCAAACAAAAACAACAACAACAUGGCGUCAACGAAGCCGUCGAGUGUAACAACGAAUACGACAAAUACAAGUCGUUUCAAAUGCCAAUAGUCGAUGAUGACGAUGAAGAUGAGGGCAUUGAUUUAGGUCAGAUACGUGUGCUACCGAAUCCUGAAGAGAGAAUAAUGUUGCUUUCGCACACACCCAACUACACAAUGAUGUCGCGUAAGGGCUUGCCAGUACGUCUACAACCGUCGGAAGAUGAUAUUUUCGUAUCGAACAGACAGAAGGACUGGGACUCUGAGGAGGAACCCAUCUAUGAGCAGACAAAUGUGACUGAACCCACUGGUUGGAGUUGGACGUAUGGUUUUGCGGAUCGCAAUACCAAAGAUGGCAUUAUCGACGUGUUCAAGUCGGAAAUUAUAAACAUUCCAUUCGCACGUUUCAUACGUGGCAGCAACGAAAAAAGCUGUAGUAGCAGUAAAGGUGCGACCAAGUCGUCAAUGAAAACUAAUGCAGAAGAUGCGAAUAAUGCUGGAACCUGCGAAGCAAGCAGUAAAAUUGUGAAAAACGAGCAAAUGGAAGAUGGAAGUUGUGCGGAGGAUAGUAGAGUGGAGCAUGCGUUUAACAAAAAGCGACGAUUAUUCAACAACAGCAACAGUAAUAACAGCAGCAAACACGGUGGCUGCGAUGGUAGCGGUGCAAAGAGAUCUAAAUUGAAUGAGGAUGAAAUUGCAUUUGCGCAGCCUGGUCUCAUYAAAAAGGAACCCACAGAYGCUGCUCUCGUAGAGAAUUCAUCAACAGCAACUGAUAGCGACUGCCGCGAGGUCGAUAUGGAAAUUGAGUUACUGCCCCAACAACGACUAGGUCAUUGCGGCGGUGUUAGCGUGCCGAAAAACUUUGAUCCAAUAUCGACAGUGCGAGAUGCAGCACAGGUGUUGCAGCGACGGCGUGCAUCCACAGUAGAAGAAGAGUGCUAUACACGUGACGAAGCCAGUCUUUACCUGGUUAGUGAGUGUCAAGAUGCGCUGGCGCGUCGCUGUAUCUGUCUGUCAAACAUUUUCCGCAACCUGACAUUUGUGCCCGGCAACGAAACUCUCUUAGCUAAAUCGCGCCGCUUCCUCGCUAUCCUUGGUCGCUUGCUGCUGCUCAACCACGAACACUUACAGCGAACGCCAAAGACGCGUAAUUAUGAUCGCGAGGAGGACACUGAUUUUUCAGACUCGUGCAGUUCACUACAGGGAGAACGCGAAUGGUGGUGGGAUUAUCUAGUUCACAUACGCGAAAAUAUGCUCGUCGCGUUGGCGAAUAUAGCCGGCCAUUUAGAAUUGUCACGCUACGAUGAGCUUAUCGCACGGCCACUGAUCGACGGUCUCCUGCAUUGGGCUGUGUGUCCAAGUGCGCAUGGUCAAGAUCCAUUCCCAUCUUGUGGUCCAAAUUCUGCGCUUUCGCCGCAACGGCUAGCGCUCGAAGCACUCUGUAAACUUUGCGUUACAGAUGCCAAUGUCGAUCUCGUUAUAGCGACACCACCGCAUUCAAGGCUGGAAAAGUUAUGCGCCGUGUUGACACGUCACCUGUGUCGUAAUGAAGAUCAAGUAUUGCGGGAGUUUUCCGUUAAUCUGCUGCAUUAUUUAGCCGCUGCGGAUAGUGCCAUGGCACGAACAGUGGCGUUACAAUCUCCUUGUAUCUCAUAUCUUGUGGCAUUCAUCGAACAAGCAGAGCAAACAGCUUUAGGCGUGGCCAACCAGCACGGAAUCAACUAUCUGCGCGAAAAUCCCGACUCGAUGGGAACUAGUUUGGACAUGCUACGACGUGCUGCCGGCACGUUACUACAUCUGGCCAAACAUCCGGACAACCGAUCGCUAUUCAUGCACCAAGAACAACGUCUGCUCGGUUUGGUGAUGUCAAAUAUACUCGACCAACAGGUAGCACUGAUUAUAUCCCGUGUAUUAUUUCAAGUGUCGCGUGGCACUGGUGUAGGGGGACCGUCGAUGAUGCCGUCACUGGAAUAUCGCUUCCAACAACGGCAAACUGAGGAGAAAAUCACCGUAAGCGAAAAGCACAACGCUUCCGGUAGUAAUGGCAGCAAUGAUGUAARAGUGGAAAAUAAAGUGGAAACAACAUCGACUGCCGCUUCAGUACCAACAAAUCCGCCACAAUCCGUGGCAAAUACGGCAACAGCACACUCCACACCUCAUGUAGUAAUAAGCGAUGUUAAAAGUGAAGAACUACCAGCAACUGCCAACGACUUGAACGAUGCCAGCACCAUCAACGCAAAUGGCAACAACAGCACCAGCAGUGCGAGCAACCACAACACCAGCGACAAUAGUAAUGAUCCAGCAUUCACGCACAAGUUGCCAGCAGCAGCAUCUACGCCUACAGUGAUGAGCAAGUCUCAAAACGCUUGUGCCACUGUCGAUGAUAAUAGUAACAGCAGUAACGCUCUGGCGCCCGCAGCGGCUUUGUUGAACGAUGUCAGCAAUAGCAGUACCAACAGCAACAGCUGCGGCACGGUAAGCAGUAAYAGCAAUAGUAACAGUAUAAGCAGCGGCAACAACAACACCAACAGCAAUAUGCACAUAAAAAAUGCGAUUGAGAACGCCAACGUGAAUGCACUAGGAGCGAUGACUCCUAUGCUGGCCAGCAGUGAAGCGAGUCAUUUGCAGCCGAAUCUGCUGAGCAGUAACGGCAGUGGUAAGAAUGUGAUCAGCGCACCUAUUCCCACUAUUAAUGCAGCACCAUUGACCAAUACCAGCAACAACAAUGGCAAUGGGACGGAGAGUCGAACCAAUGCGCAGCCAUCUGCAGCGUUAACGGGUGCGCCGACGCGAUCCCCACCUCCGCCACCACCACCAACGGCAAACGCAGCAGCAGCCGCGGCACCAUCCGCACCCACAGCUCCACCAGCAACUACAACAGCAGCAGUUGCGUAGUACAUGACGAUGUUGCCGACGUUAGCAGCUGUGCCGGCAGUGUUAGUGCAACAGCAGCAGACGCAACAAGAACACGUCCAUAUACAUGAACAACAGCAUCUUGGUAUGGAUCAUCACCAUCUACACCACCAGCAGCAACAUCACUAUGCCCAACUGGAUGGGCGCUACCAACAGCAAACGGCGCCGCCACUACCACCACCACAAACAUCUCCGCAGCCACACUAUCAUCUGCCGCCAUACCACUAUCACUGGAGCAAGCAGCAAUCACCGUUGCAGCCACCAACAGCACAUCCUCAACCUCAUCAGCCGGAAGAUGCACACUAGAUGUCACUGUAAACGUGAAUCGUAAUUUAUUACAACAGAGCAACGUAGCAUUCGUAGCGAAGUAGAAAAUAAGGGUAUAAUGGUUAUAACGUAUAUGAACAAAGUCAUGCUAUAGUUCAAUGCAAAAUGCGGAGAUGGCUUAGAUGUCACAGCGACGUUUAAGUAAAAAAAAAAAACAACAUUUACAACUUCUCUCCGCCUACAGAUGUAUAUGUCUAGAGGAAAUAGCAAAUAAAUUAAAUAUAUACAUAUAUAUGAUAACGGUGAUCAACUUUGUAGAUAUAGUAACGUGAGUAGUAUUUAGUUUGUGUAAAGAAAAGUAUGUCUCACUUUUUGUAUUUUUAUUAUUAUUAAUAUUAUUUUUGUAAUAUUUUAAGAUACUUCUAAUUUCAUACCUAUGCUGGGAUAUAGAGUUAAUAGAAAGAAAUGUCAUACAAACAUUAGACAAAAACAUAAACAAAUAUGCAUUACUAACACAUGACAUAAAGCGACUUAAAGCAAACUCUAUGCUAAUGCUAAAAGGAAGCGGAAACUGGAUUCAAGAGAACCAGACGUUAUAACAUAAUGUAUACAGAACCCUUGAGAUCGAAUAAAAUUGUAAAGGCGUUCUUGUUGGAACGCAUCCAAAGCCCAACUGUAGCGGUCCUGCAUAUCAAAAGCGCCGCGCUUUCGUUAUAAAAUAUUUGCAAAAUUUUUAAUACAUAUUCGAAGUUGGUUUAAUGUU